CGUCCUCCUCUCUUCUACAAAUUGAGCCUUAGCCACCCAUCAAGAAUUGAACAACAACGUCAACAUUUAAUCCAUCUCUUAAUCUCACCAACGCAAUCAACUGUUGCAUCGUCCACUCUCUCUAGUAAAACCCACCAGAACACUACCUACAUAUUAGAACUUUUACACAGCUUAGCGAGGCCACUAAUAUUAGUUGUCUGUCGCUUCACCGAGUUCAUCUCCACAAACCCUUUUCCCCAAGUCACCCCCAUAAACCCGAGUUUAUGUCAAUCGAAAACCUCAAGACCUAUGACCCCUUCGCCGAAGCCGAUGAGGAUACAGGUGAAUCCAAGCAGUCACAGAACUAUAUCCAUAUCCGCAUUCAACAGCGGAAUGGACGUAAAACCUUGACCACAGUGCAAGGUCUUCCGAAGAAAUUCGACCAGAAGAAAAUCCUGAAGGUCAUCAAGAAGAAGUUCGCUUGCAAUGGCACCAUCGUGAACGACACCGAGAUGGGUGAAGUCAUCCAGUUGCAGGGCGACCAGCGCAAGGAUGUACAGGAGUUCCUCGUCGAUAAGAAAGAGGGUCUAGAGCUUGAUCCUAAGACGAUUAAGGUGCACGGUUUCUAAGCCGGUCAUGUUCACCAACCUUCCGUAAUGUCUAACUGUCGAGAGCGAGACACGCAAGCAGAUAGUCAGCCUUGCUUGUGUCAAGAUUUCCGGCCGUUGUGCGGCAAACCCGCUCAUCAUGCCGAGGGUUGCACUAUUGAUGGAGGCGUUUACGGAAUGGUUAGAACAUGAUACCCCUUGUUGACGUUUAAGAGGCUUCUGGCUUUUGGUAUUGAUAUGGUUAGGCGGAUGCCGGCCCACGGAUCGUGUUAUUCGAUGCUUUUUAUGGAGGCGUGGUAUUAUGUAUGGCCUGGGUUUGUAGAACACUCUCGUUCCCGGUUCUGCGAUAAUGCUAUUAUCUAUUAAUCAGAGCGAUCUCCAGAAUAUGCUAGUCGUGUAAGAUGUACCGUGAUAUGAUGGUGAUA